CAUUAGGAGAGCAAUGGGUGGAGCAGAAGGAGGUGUAAACCUAAAAUAUCUCAGUCUGGUAGUGCUGACAUUCCAAAAUGCUUGUCUCAUUCUGAGUAUUAGAUACACCCGGACCCUGCCUGGUGAUAUGUACCUGGCCACAACUGCUGUAGUGCUAGCUGAACUCGGCAAAAUGCUGGCUUGCUUUGCUGUUAUAUUCAAGGAGAAGGGAUCUGUGAGUGGGCUUAUUGAGCAUGUUCAUUAUUAUACUGUGAUACAGUGGAAAGAUGCAGUGAAGAUAUCUGUACCUGCUAUCCUAUAUGUAAUUCAGAAUAAUCUCCAGUACGUUGCGAUUAGUAAUCUUGAGGCAGCUGUGUUCCAGGUUACCUAUCAGCUAAAGAUCAUGACCACUGCUAUCUUCUCUGUGUUCCUGCUGCGGAAGGAGCUGAUCAGGACCCAGUGGGUGGCUUUAUGUCUGCUGUUUGCUGGUGUUGCAAUUGUGCAGCUCAGUCAGAAUGACACGAAGAGUACCAAAACAUCAGAUGUGGAACAAAAUCCCAUUCUUGGACUGGUGGCCGUUCUCCUGUCAUGCUGCUCGUCAGGAUUUGCUGGUGUUUACUUCGAGAAACUUCUCAAAGGAUCUGAUAUCUCUUUGUGGAUGAGAAACAUUCAUCUGGCGGGGUAUGGUGUAAUUGUGGGUUUGUUUGGAGUGUACUGGAAUGAUGGUGAAACUGUCAGCGAGAAGGGCUUCUUGUUUGGCUACAAUGGGUGGGUGUGGUGGGUGGUUCUGAUGCAGGCGUUUGGUGGUCUGUUAGUGGCUGUGGUAGUUAAGUACGCUGACAACAUCCUCAAAGGUUUCGCCACAUCCCUUGCUAUUAUUGUUUCCUGUGUGGUUAGUGUCUUUCUGUGGGGAUUUGUCAUCACACUGCAGUUCUCGGUAGGUACGGCUCUAGUGUUGGGUGCUGUGUACAUGUACAGCCUUCCCAAACCUCCAACCAAGAUUCUUCCUGCUUAAACUUUUACAUGAAUAAUAGAUCAAAUAUCCCGUUGUUAUCACGUUUUGAGUGGCUAGUUGCAUUUCUAAAAAUUAUGAGCUGUUAUUUCUGAGAAUUUUGGAGAUACUCAUUUGUUUCGUUAUAUAAUUUUAAUUUGUGUUUGUGCUACAGUUUUAAGUUAAUCUAAAACUAAAUUUAAAUGCUUAUUAAAUUAUUUGACUCAUUCUUAAAUUCGUCUCAUGAUAAUUCAAUAUAGAAGGUAUUUAAAUUUAAUAGCUUUUUGUUUUUUACGAUAAAUUUAAUAUUAUAUUAAAGAACAGUCAGAUGGUUUGGUAGAAGCAUGUAAAUAAAGCAUGAUGUUAUCCAUAAAUUUAUUCACCAGAUAGUUCAUGACAUGAACUAUGGCGCUCCUUAUAUGGGCAUCACGUGUAGAGAUGAUCCAUUUUAAAGAAUAAUAUUUUAUUUUCACCCAAAUUUUUACAGAAAUAUCUCUGAAUCCUUUAAAAUUUGCAGUUCAUAAGAAUCAACUUUGAUAUACUUGUGCUGUCGCAAUUAAAUAAAUAUUUUUGUAAAAAUUUACCUAUAGGGUAUAUCAUGUAAAGCAUUGCGUUUCUAAAUGCGAAUUUAAAACUCAUGUUUAAAUAUGAGCUCUAAACUAUUUUGUAAUUUUAUUAACCGAAUUCGCAUGUUUUCAUUUAUCUGGAUGAUAUUUUACUGUUAUAAUUGCAUUACUUACAAGCAUGUAAAUAGUUAUUUC